AAGCUGCACACUUUCACCCGGGUAUCAUAAAAUACUAAACAUACUAGUAUAAAAAAGCCACUGUAGUCGCCAGACACGUCUAUUAGGUGCUCUCACAAUGAUUUUGCUUCGAGCCGCCGCUGUAUCAGUUAUAGCUACGGCUGUUUACGCCUACCCAGCGACAGACUUGUGUCAAGUCUCGAGUUUGAGCGUCCCAGGAACAGCAGUAGGGGCUUCCAUCCCACAUGGCAACUCGUUUGCCUCGUUCUCAUUCGAGCCCGCAUUCUGGGUCGAUUUCUUUGGCAAUGCCAGCAAUCCAAAUGCCCUCACUUUUAGUGUGCUGAAGAGGAUCCACGAACAUGGCGGAAACCCCGUCAUCCGACCUGGUGGCAUCACCAUGGACAGCAUGAUCUUCGACCCAAAAGUCGUCGACGUAGUGCGCACAACGAGCCCAAAAGGUGCCGUGUACCGGACGACAGUUGGGCCUGGAUACUACAAGAGCUGGGAUAACUUCCCCAAGGGCACUAAAUUCAUCUCUACGCUCAACUUCGGCAACGAGAGCUUGACCAUCUCCAAAGGUUUGGCUGUCGCAUCACUUACGUACCAGCCCGACAAGGUCAACUACCUCGAGCUGGGUAAUGAACCGACCAACUACGUCAAAAGCCGCUGGAAUGAUUCAACAGCAAGCUACGUGAAGCAGUGGAAGGAGUAUACAGCCAGCAUAGACGCAGCACUAAAUGCGCUCCAAAAUGCAACUCUACAGCAACAACGCUGGUGGGCAUCCUCCGCCACAACUGACAAAUCCGGCCUUGAAGUACGACCCGCCGCCCUCAUCCCAGCAGGCAUAGAUUCCGCAAAGCAAGUCGGCAUCUACAGCGUCCACUCAUAUGCCUUCUCGACGUGCGACCCCGCCCGCGCAAAGCUCGCCACCAUCAAGAACAUCCUAAACCACACGGAACUAGUACGGUACUGCGACGAGGAAAUCUACCCAUCGGCCCGCGCAGCCCUCGACGCAGGAUCCCACUGGAACAUUGGCGAGUUCAACUCGGUGUCUUGCUCUGGCGCCCCAAACGUCACAGAUACAUUUGCCCAAGCCCUCUGGGUCGUGGACAGCGAACUCAUCUACGCUACACGCAACGCCAGUGCUACACAUCUCCACCAGGGCGCUACGCUGGCUCUACAGUCAAACAACCAGGUUAACACGCCUGGUGCUAACGGCAGCCCGGGAUUUAGCACCUACUCAAUGCUGUACCCAAGAGACAGCGAGUUGAGAGGUCCAGCACGAACACUCCCUUCUUUCCUCGCGCAGCUCUUCAUGGCAGAGGCGUUUGCCGUGGGUGACACGCGUGUGCGUGCUCUGGUGCCCCCAGCAGGCGUGAGUUCAGAGUCUUUCUCUGCAUAUGCAUUUUACGUCAAAGACCGGUUAUCAAAAGUGGCUCUCGUCAACAUGAAACCCUACUAUGCAAACUCGACGACGGACUUUGCUGUUAAUGUGGACUUGUCGGCCGCCGUAGUGGGGGCGACCAAGGGCAACGAAACGUUUAGGGUGAAGAGAAUGACGGCGCCGUUUGUUGAUACGAAAGAUAAUUCGUUGACCAAGUGGGCCGGGCAGGCUUUUCCGAUGGGCGAGCCGGAGGGAAAGAUGGCGGUGGAGACUGUUGGGGGGGAGAGGGUGGUGCGUGUUAGGGGGAGUGAGGCUGUGCUGGUAUUUUUUGAUGAUGAUGUGUAUGGGAUAUAA